UAAUUAUUAUUUGUAUAUGAAAAAUAAGAAAAAACAACAACGUCAUCAUACACCGGUCAAUACCCCGCCACAGCAGCCAGAGGUGGAGGAAUUAACGGAAGAUUUAAAACAAUUGAAGUUAAGCGUCAAGACAGAGGAUGCUAAUUUGCCUUAUACCAUUGCAAUGUCCGAUAUCUAUGGCAGAUAUUUGGUGGCUAAACGUGAUUUAAAGCCGGGAGAAAUUUUGAUCACCGAGAAACCUUUGGCUGUAGGACCCUGUGUUUCAGCGGAUCCCGUUUGUUUGGGCUGUUAUAUGCCGGUAACAUUGAAGGCCACACAGUAUAGAUGUCCCUCUUGCCAUUGGCCCAUGUGUGGUCCUGCCUGUCGUGGUUACCACCAGCUGGAGGGUCAUUCUACCUAUGAAUGUGAACUCUUCAAAGAGGAGAAUACCUCUAAACCUCUCAUUGACACUGCUUCACCAGUGAAAAUUAAAAAUCUCUACGAACUGGUACUCAUCGUUCGCAUACUCCUAAUGAAACAACAUUCACCCGAUCUCUAUAAACGAAUCAUGCUAAUGGAAUCGCAUUUAGAAAUGCGUAAACUUAAUGCCGAACUAUGGAGUCAUUAUGAAAGUAAUGUAGUGACAUAUUUACGUGAAACUUGGCAUAUGGGCGGACAAUUUACCGCCGAAGAAAUACAUACAAUUUGUGGUAUUUUGGAUGUAAAUUGUUUUGAAAUUGGUCAAAAUUUUGCCAAAGCACGUACUUUAUAUCCUAGUGCUUUCCUAUUGGCUCAUGAUUGUUGUCCGAACACCUCGCAUACAGAUGAUCCCAAGACAUACGAUAUCAUAUUGCGCACCUCGAGGUCGGUGAAGAAGGGAGAGGCCUUGACCUUAAGUUAUGCCUACACCUUACAGGGUACUUUAAAACGCCGUGAUUUUAUGCAAGCUGGUAAACUGUUUUGGUGCUGCUGUAAACGCUGCUCGGAUCCGUAUGAAUUGGGUACAGAUUGCAGCGCUAUUAGGUGUAUGAAAUGUAAAAAGGGUUUCAUAAGGGCCACGAAGCCUUUGGAACAGGAAGCGGAUUGGAAAUGCUCUAGCUGCCCCCAAAUCCUUCUGGCCCCGGAGGUAUCAAAACUUUUGGAUAAAAUCAACAAUGAUCUGGAAUCAAUAGAUGUACAUGAUGUGCCCGGCUUGGAAAACUUUUUAAAAAGAUAUAACGAUAUCUUGGGUCCACAUCAUUAUCUCCUUCUGUCGGCCAAAUACUCUCUCUGUCAAUUAUAUGGCAAAAUUGACAACUACUUAUUGCCUCAACUGUCUUUGGAAGAUUUGCAAAGAAAACAAAGAUAUUGUAAAGAAUUUUUAGAAGUAAUAGAUGUUUUAGAACCGGGUCUGACAAGAUUAAGAGGUCUGAUCAUGUAUGAGUUGCAUGCGCCGAUUAUGAUGCUAUCACAGUAUAUGAUAAUGAAUAACUUGAUAACGCGCAAACAAUUUAAUCAAAAUAUCAAAGAAGUCAUACAACUUUUAAAGGAAAGUGCCUUGAUAUUGAAAAUGGAACCGGCAGGGUCGUCAGAGCAUCAAAUGGGUUUAGCGGCUGCAGAAGCUUUGGAGAAAAUGGGAGUAAAUUGAGAAGAUUGAUUUUUUUUGUAAUCUUAAAGAAAGUUUGUAAAUUUGAAAGAUUUUUAAAAUAAAAGUAUGUAUUUUUUGUUUAAGAAGUCCAACUUCGGUA